CGCGGGGCGCGCAGGCAGCGGCCGGGCUACUCGGGGCGCGCCUUUCGCCUUCCCGCGGCCGCCGGCCCGCAGACGGGGCGCGAGACAAGCCCGGAGCGCGCAGCGCCGACCCGAGCUCCGGGACGGGCGGUCCCCGGCGGGCAGCGCGCGCAGGGAGGGGCCGCAGCAUCCUAGCUCCUGGGCCCCGGGGCCGGGGGACGAGGCCGGGGCGCCGGGCCCGCCGACGAGCUGCUGCGGAGGGCGAAGGCAGGAGAGGAAGAGAGGAUGUCAGAGAGAACGUGACCUGCGCCCACCCUCAUCCACCCUCCGAGUGGCUCCACCAUGCAGAAACCCAGUGGCCUGAAGCCCCCUGGCCGCGGGGGGAAGCAUUCCAGCCCCAUGGGUAGGACAUCUUCUGGGUCAGCCUCGGCCUCUGCAGCGGCGGCAGCAGCCACUGGCUCCAAGGAAGGCUCCCCACUGCACAAGCAGGCCUCGAGCUCACCGUCCUCCACCGCAGCCCCGGAGAAGCCCAGCUCGAAAGCGGCCGAAGUGGGUGACGACUUCCUGGGGGACCUGGUGGUGGGCGAGCGCGUGUGGGUGAAYGGUGUGAAGCCCGGCGUCGUGCAGUACCUGGGCGAGACGCAGUUCGCGCCGGGCCAGUGGGCGGGCGUGGUGCUGGACGACCCCGUGGGCAAGAACGACGGCGCCGUGGGCGGCGUGCGCUACUUCGAGUGCCCGGCGCUGCAGGGCAUCUUCACSCGGCCCUCCAAGCUGACCCGGCAGCCCACGGCCGAGGGCUCGGGCAGCGAUGCCCACUCGGUGGAGUCGCUCACUGCGCAGAAUCUGUCGCUGCAUUCUGGCACGGCCACGCCCCCGCUGACCAGCCGCGUCAUCCCGCUGCGGGAGAGCGUCCUCAACAGCUCUGUCAAGACAGGCAACGAGUCGGGCUCCAACCUCUCGGACAGCGGCUCUGUGAAGCGGGGCGACAAGGACCUACGCCUGGGAGACCGCGUGCUGGUUGGUGGGACAAAGACUGGCGUGGUGCGGUAUGUGGGGGAGACAGACUUUGCCAAGGGCGAGUGGUGUGGCGUGGAACUGGACGAGCCCCUUGGGAAGAAUGACGGGGCGGUGGCAGGCACCAGGUACUUCCAGUGCCCACCCAAGUUUGGUCUCUUCGCGCCCAUCCACAAGGUCCUCCGCAUCGGCUUCCCGUCCACCAGCCCGGCCAAGGCCAAGAAGACCAAGCGCAUGGCCAUGGGCGUCUCCGCGCUGACCCACAGCCCCAGCAGCUCUUCCAUCAGCUCCGUCAGCUCCGUGGCCUCCUCUGUCGGGGGCCGACCCAGCCGCAGUGGCCUGCUCACGGAGACCUCCUCGCGCUACGCCCGCAAGAUCUCGGGCACCACGGCGCUGCAGGAGGCGCUGAAGGAGAAGCAGCAGCACAUCGAGCAGUUGCUGGCCGAGCGGGACCUGGAGCGGGCUGAGGUGGCCAAGGCUACCAGCCACAUCUGCGAGGUGGAGAAGGAGAUCGCCCUGCUCAAGGCACAGCACGAGCAGUAUGUUGCAGAGGCAGAGGAGAAGCUGCAGCGGGCACGGCUGCUGGUGGAGAGCGUGCGGAAGGAGAAGGUGGACCUGUCCAACCAGCUGGAGGAGGAGCGGAGGAAGGUGGAGGACCUGCAGUUCCGGGUGGAGGAGGAGUCCAUCACCAAGGGGGACUUGGAGACCCAGACGCAGCUGGAGCACGCGCGCAUUGGGGAGCUGGAGCAGAGCCUGCUACUGGAGAAGGCGCAGGCAGAGCGGCUGCUCCGAGAGUUAGCGGACAACCGGCUGACCACGGUGGCCGAGAAGUCCCGGGUGCUGCAGCUGGAGGAGGAGCUGACCCUCCGAUGCGGCGAGAUCCAGGAGCUCCAGCAGUGCCUCCUGCACUCGGGGCCCCCACCCCCUGACCACCCCGAGGCGGCUGAGACUCUGCGCCUGCGGGARCGGCUGCUGUCAGCCAGCAAGGAGCGCCAGCGGGAGAGUGGCCUGCUGCGCGACAAGUACGAGAAGGCCCUGAAGGCGUAUCAGGCCGAGGUGGAGAAGCUCCGAGCUGCCAACGAACGGUACGCACAGGAGGUGGCCGACCUCAAGGACAAGGUCCAGCAGGCCACCAGCGAGAACAUGGGACUCAUGGACAACUGGAAAUCCAAGCUGGACUCGCUGGCCUCCGACCACCAGAAGUCCCUGGAGGACCUCAAGGCCACACUCAACUCGGGCCCCGGGGCGCAGCAGAAGGAGCUCGGGGAGCUGAAGGCGGUGAUGGAGGGGAUCAAGAUGGAGCACCAGCUGGAGCUGGGCAACCUGCGGGCCAAGCACGACCUGGAGACAGCCGUGCAUGUGAAGGAGAAGGAGGGCCUGCGCCAGCGGCUACAGGAGGCCCAGGAGGAGCUGGCYGGGCUGCAGCAGCACUGGCGGGCGCAGCUGGAGGCACAGGCCAGCCAGCACCGGCUGGAGCUGCAGGAGGCGCAGGACCAGUGCCGCGAUGCCCAGCUGCGCGUGCAGGAGCUGGAGAGGCUGGACGCCGAGUACCGCGGGCAGGCGCAGGCCAUCGAGUUCCUCAAGGAGCAGAUCUCCCUGGCCGAGAAGAAGAUGCUGGACCACGAGCUGCUGCAGCGGGCAGAGGCGCAGAGCAAGCAGGAGGCGGAACGGCUUCGGGAGAAGCUGCUGGUGGCUGAGAACCGGCUGCAGGCCGUGGAGUCCCUGUGCGCGGCCCAGCACACCCACAUGAUCGAGUCCAGUGACCUUUCAGAGGAGAAAAUCCGGAUGAAGGAGAUCGUGGAGGGCCUGCAGGACAAGCUGAACAAGAGGGACAAAGAAGUGGCAGCCUUGACGUCCCAGACCGAGGUGCUCAGGGCCCAAGUAAGUGCACUGGAGAGCAAGUGUAAGUCGGGGGAGAAGAAGAUGGAUGCAGUCCUGAAGGAGAAGCGGCGUCUGGAGGCSGAGCUGGAGGCCCUGUCCCGGAAGACCCACGACGCCUCGGGCCAGCUGGUCCUCAUCAGCCAGGAGCUUCUGCGCAAGGAGCGGAGCCUGAACGAGCUGCGGGUGCUGCUGCUGGAGGCCAGCCGCCACUCCCCGGGGCCCGAGAGGGACCUGAGCCGUGAGGUGCACAAGGCUGAGUGGCGGAUCAAGGAGCAGAAACUCAAGGAGGACAUCCGGGGCCUUCGUGAGAAGCUAACCGGGCUGGACAAGGACAAGGCGCUGUCGGAGCAGAGGCGCUACUCGCUCAUUGACCCCGCCUCAGCGCCCGAGCUGCUGCGGCUGCAGCACCAGCUUGUGAGCACGGAGGACGCGCUGCGGGACGCGCUGGACCAGGCCCAGCAGGUGGAGAAGCUGAUGGAGGCCAUGAGGAGCUGCCCCGAGAAGGCGCAGACCCUCAGCAAUUCCGGUUCUGCCAACGGCCUCCAUCAGCAGGAUAAAGGCCAGAAACCAGAGGACAAGCACUGACACUGAGGGACACGGUGGAGCAGCCCAGUGUACGCCAGAGCCCUGCCAGGCUGCAGGGUGGCAUCCCCUCCCGGCAGGGUCAGGACUGUCAACGUGGAGACAAGACAGUGUUUGUACCAAUGCCAGACUCACCGCCGUGGACAAUCCCCCGCCCGAACCCCGCUGGGCCUGGAGGCUCCUCCAGCUGGCCUUCCGUGGAGUGGCACUGCCCGGCRGCGUCUGGAGGUGUUUAGGAGGCCCUCCCCGCAGGGCGAGCUUGCCUAAGGCCCCUCUGGGUGCCCUGGGUGCUUCCUGCCCUUUUCCCGGGGCCAGAGCAGGGCCCAACUUCCCCUUGAGGGCACCGAGGAGGGACACCUGGUCUCCAGGAGCCGGCGCAGGACCCUUUUCUGCCCCCUUCUAGGCCAAGGCUGGACCUGGGGCUUCUUGUCCCUACGCGCAGCGCCGCCUUCACACAGUGGUACCAGUUCCCCCGCCUCUGCCCAGCAGGGUCCAGGUUCAAGGUGUUGGGGCAGGGUCCUUCCUCCCCAAGAAUCUCACCAACAUGUGCCCCCAGCUGCUGCCCACAGACGCUCAGCAAGGCCACCAGCUGCAGUAUUAGGAAUGCUUGGGGCCCCUCCACACCCACGGGGACCUCCUGUAAGCCGGGCCUGCCCUGACAGGGUCGGGAACACACGUCCCUGGCGCCCGGCUGUUUGGACCGGGCCUCCCGGAUGUGCCCUCUGCUCCCUGGAGCACACCACACUCCACCACGUGGCCUGGCGUUGUCAGCUGGCCACACUCGGCCAGCAGAGGCACAUGCCCGCGCUCCGGCAUGGCAGGGCCACGCCCGAGGGCACUCGCAUCCGCGGUCAGGGCCGUGUGUCCCUCGCAGGCGCCUCAGAGUGUGACGGCUGCCCCUUCAGCCUCCCGAGUCACCUGCUGCCCGGCCGUGCCYGCCCAGCCUGGCGACAGCCCCGGUGGCUGCUGCCCUGUGCCCAGCCCACGCRGAAGACAGCCCCUGCGCCCCCGCAAGCACACGGGUCCCGGCAGGGCCACCCCCGUUCUUGCCCCAAUGCAGCCCAGCCCGCAGGGCGAUGACCCGGCGUCCCCUCCCGGUGUCCCCUCCUGACGCUCCGCAGCUUCUCCGCGUAGCAGCGACAGCCGCCUUCAUGCGAUGCUUCUGGCUGAUCAGGGCCAACGCACCCGUCCUGCGAAACCAGGCAGCUCGGCCACAGCAGGGACCCAAGGGACCAGGGCCAGGGGCUGCAGGUAGCAGGUGUGAAAGAAGCGACCCCGGAGCCCCGGCC